AUGGGAACUCCGAAAGACAAGGUGAAACUCAAUGUUGGUGGCAAAAUCUUCGAAACUACGGCCACAACCUUAGAAAUUGCUGGCAAAAAUUCACUCUUUGGAGCCAUGUUUGAUGAUAAUUGGAACCUGCAUUCUGAUUCAGCAGUCACUCAUGAACACUUCAUUGAUAGAGACCCUGAUUAUUUCGCCGUCCUUCUUAACCUACUCAGAACUGGGGAGCUUUAUAUUCCUCCGAAUAUCGAUAAAAAACUCCUAUACAGAGAGGCCGAUUAUUAUGGCAUUCUUGAUCAUGUCAGGUCAGCUGAGUGGGGUCCGUUUGACGGGAAUAGGGCUCGAUUGGCACGGUCCAUAACUGGCUGGCCAGCAGCGGAUGGUGAGGUUGCUGGGGCUAUUCGAACUAGCCCAAGUGGAUGGUGUUGUGUGCGUCAGGGUAGUGUGGUUCGCGUGUACGACUGGAUGCUAGACGAACACCCUAUAAUUCAUACUGGGAAUGAUAAGGUGAAUGAUGUUUGUUGGGUUGAUCUUGAAAAUAUUGCGAUAAGCUCUGAUGAAAAGCUAGCUAAUGGAGGCAUGGGGCUAUUCAAUGCAUCCACAGGGAAGUCGAGGUAUAAAUUUCAAGUUACAGAUAAAUUGAACGAUUUAGCUCCAUUUGCCACAGCAAGUACACUAGCUUUUGUCUCAGAUUACAAGUUGUUCUCGAGUUGUGAAAACACUGGCGGUGACCAUGGGAUUGGCGUUUGGGAUUUAGUCACGGGUAAGCUAAUAGAUUUCCUCCAUAGGCCGCGAUAUUGCAAGCAUGAAAAAGCUAUCCAGCUGCAAUGGUUACAUGGUACCAACUGUUUGAUGGCCCUUUAUUUGUAUCCAAAGAAUGAUAUCGUCUUGUUUGACUUUAGAGAAAACAAUAUCGUUUGGUCAUUGGCUAAUAAUCGCAACAAAGGGUACUUUUGUGCUAUUAUAGAUGCAAUAACGAUAGAGGAGAGUAGUUCGAUUUGUGCAGUAGAUUGGUACGUGGGUUUGGGUUUCAUGGAUUUGAGGAGUACUGAUGUGGGUGUUAAUUGGAGAACUACGAUUAGGCCUUCUUCUGUUGCAUGUUGUCCCAAAUUGGCAUUUCACGAGGGCCAAUUGUUUGCAUCAAUGGGAAAUAGAAUUGCAGUGUAUUUUGGUUCUGAUUGGCUUCUAACAUCACAGCUUCGACAUAGUCUUUCCAAUUCGUGA